AAGAACGGGGCAAAAAUGAAGCACCACAGCAAAAACAAAACCAGUUAAAAAAAAUUAGAAGUUUCAAUUUCUAAACUGUUUGAUUCGAUCAAAAGGAUUCAAAUCUGUAACAAUGGCGACUAUGUUUGAAUUCGAUGAAUCGGAUAUCUGGAGUUCAUCAAACCAUCAUCAUCAGCACCAUAUUUCAUCUGAUCAUCAUCAGAAUCAAUUCAAGAAACCGAUUCGCAGUCAAAAAUCGUUGAAAAAGACUAUCGAUCAUCAUCAUUUGAGUACGACUCCAAAAACUGGAUCGUUGCCAGUGAAUGUACCAGAUUGGGCGAAGAUACUAAGACAGGAACAGAGGAGAGAACAAGUAUAUGAUGAUGAUGAAUCUGAUGAGGAUGAUGAAGAUUGUGGUAAUAAGAGAAUACCUCCUCAUGAGUUUUUAGCAAAACAGUUUGCGAGAACAAGAGUUUGUGCUGCUUCAUUUUCUGUUCAUGAAGGAAUUGGAAGAACUCUUAAAGGUAGAGAUUUGAGUAGAGUUAGAAAUGCUAUUUGGGAGAAAACUGGUUUUGAAGAUUAAUCUGAAUCUAAAUAUCUGAUCAAGCCGAUCGUAUUAUUAUGGAUCUAAAACCUAACUUAUUAUUAUUAUUAACUUAAGAUUAUCACAGAAAAAAUUGGAAUUUUUGAAGUAAUUAUAUUAUUAUUAUUAUGAGUUUAGUAUUAGAUUUGAAAUUUGGAAAUUUUAAUUAUGCGCUGGUUUUUAUUUUUAUUUUGGGGUUUAAUCAAUGUAAUUUUCGGGGAAAUAUAGUAAUUUUUAAUGAAGAAAAAAUUUGGAAUUAUUAAGAUUUUGUUUUUGUA